AUGAGACCAUCUUCAGAUUUCCAGUUUCCUCCAGGAUUCAGGUUUCAUCCAUCUGAUGAGGAGCUCAUUAUUCAUUACUUGCGCAACAGGGUUGCUUCACGUCCAUUACCAGCAUCUAUCAUAGCUGAAAUUGAUCUGUACAAGUACAACCCAUGGGAUCUACCUAAGAAGGCUUUGUUUGGAGAAGAUGAAUGGUUUUUCUUUAGUCCGAGAGAUAGGAAGUACCCGAAUGGAGCAAGGCCUAACAGAGCAGCUGGAUCAGGUUACUGGAAGGCUAGUGGUACUGAUAGACCUAUUCUUACUUCUGGAUCAAAGAACAUUGGAGUCAAAAAAGCUCUAGUUUUCUACUCUGGUCGGCCUCCUAAAGGAAUCAAGACAGACUGGCUCAUGAAUGAGUAUAGGCUGCUUGACACAACAACGAAACCUUCAAGGUUGAAAGGAUCCAUGAGGUUAGAUGACUGGGUACUAUGUCGAGUUCGACAGAAAGGUAGCAUGUCAAAGAACUCAUCCGAAGUUCAAGACAGCCACAACAAAGACUUGUUUUGGUACUUACCAAAGAUGGAGGAAGCAUGUCGUACAUACACAAAUUAUAACACUGACAUGAUCACCGAGUGCUUGAACAAAGAUUGUCGACUAUUAGCUUCCAUACUUGCCGGGCAAACUUUACCUCCCAUUGAUACCAUCUCAUGUGUUAGCAAUCAAGAGAGUAACAAGGACAACAGUCUUACUCUGGUUUAUCAUGAAGAUGGUAGCAACAAGUUAAAUUCUCCAAUAACAGUUCCUUCCUUUGACAGUUCCAGCCCUAACGAGGACGCUAGGUGCAACAAUUUCCUCCCGUCUGACAACCAGGUCAGCAGCACCAGAAAUGAGGAUAUUCUACCUAGAGACACAAUACCCUGUACUGAUGUGAAGUACUAUGGCCAAAACCAAUCUCAAGACAGCUUCUACAAUCCUAAUCCAUGUGAUCAAAUCAGUGGCUUUCUUGAGCUUAACGAAUUGAUUCAAUGGUAAAUAUUUACAGUAAGGGAAACUUUUGCAAGACUUUCUGCAUAAUUCAGGUUGUACAACUGAAAAUGUAUAUAUAGCA